CAACAUCAAUUCAAUCGGAAACAAUACACUUGGUAUUUUGCAUAGAGACACUACCAUCAAUACACAUUGUUUCAUCUCCUAUUUUUAUUGCUUUUAAAUUCAUCUUCAUCAAUAACUAAAAUUGUAUAUACAACAAGAAUAACAAGAAUGGCUAAGGAAGAAACACAAGCUUUUAUACCCACAAAAACAAUUGAUUGUUCCUUUUCGGAUGUUCUUGCAGUUAUUUGCAUAUUGAGCAUUCUUUUCCUAUUUACUGUAGCAGGUAUCAUUGUUGGUUCAUUCUCAGCAAAGAAUAAUGACUCUUGCUCGAAAACUCUUCCAUACGGAGACACUCAGAGUUUUACUCUCCAAUACAAUACUAGUACACUGAGUACAAUUUAUAUAACUGGUGACACCAAGACAUCAAUCUACUUUGAUCCAUCUUUAAAGAACAAAAUUGAAGUCACCUUUGAAAGAACCUCACUUUUAGAUAAGACCUAUACUAAUAUUAAUAAUUCAGUGUAUCUUACAACAAAUGGUUCCGAUUAUAUUACAAUCUCAUCAAAGAUUCCAUCUACUGAUUUUACAAAUUGUUACUUUGUUUCGAGAAUUAUUAGAAUUCCAGCUACUUUGACAACAAUUAGUAUGCAAGCUAGCGUUUAUGCCAACAAUUUUUAUAUCGGUCCAGAUCCAAGCUUAACAAAUUCUACAAUGUUAUCAAUUAAGGCAUUGACUAUUAUGGGAGGAACUAAUCUCUUGAAUAUGACACAAAUCCAAGCAGGUCAAUUUGUUGUCAGUGGAAGAAAAGGUCAAAUUUACUUAUCAAAUAUCUUUGCUGCUAUCUUUGUCACUUCAACAACAGGUGAUAUUUAUUACAAGGAUUUGAGCUCUGCUGUUUCUUUGAAAUUAUAUACUUCUAAGGGAGCUUUGGAAGGUUCAAAUAUUCAAAUGUUGGGCUCUUCAGGAAAUGUCACACUUAUUGCUAACAAGAAGAAGCAAGUUCACAAUGGUAUCAAGGGUGCUAAGGUUCUUGAAGUUGGUACUGUGGAAUCAGAUAUUGAUGUUACAUUAGGAAAGGAUGAUUUUGUAGGAGAACUUCAAAUUCAAUCACCAAACUUGGAUACCAGUGCCAUCAGUCAAACAUAUCACACUGUUACCCAAUAUUCUUCACUCACUUCUAGAAAGAAUUAUCCAACCUCAUUUGGUGGAGAUGCUGCUGAAAUAUUUACACCAACCUAUGCUGGUUACAUUGGUGAUGAAUCUAAUUCUUACUCUCGUCUUUUGAAACUUCGUUUCAAAACAUCUGGUAAACUCAUCAAGUUGUCUGUGUAAAUAAAUUUCAAACCAUAAAUUC